CUACCCGGUAUAGAACUAGUCGUUACUGGAAAAGUUCGUCCGGCACCUGGUCUUAAUAUCAUUCAAUUGAGAGAAGUAACUGAUAGCCCCGUCGUUUUAUUAAAACCACCCUUUACACAAUCUUCAGUUACAGAACUUUCAAUAAAUCUUGAAAAGAGUUUAUUGUUAAACCAACAACAGUCUACACGUACAAACGAACUAAGAGUAGAAGUGCAAGACCUUGUACAACAAAUCAAAAUGAAUACGGUAAAACACAGAGCAUUGAUUAUAGAAAUUGACGAUUUAUCAGUUUAUGAGAGUAAGGCAAUUGUCGAUGCUUUAAGUUUAAACAAGAACAUAUUUCAGUUCAUCAUGUUGUUAAAGACUAUUUCAAAUGAAUGUUUUGAAAUAAUUAUGAGGUCGUUAAGAACAAAUCGAUUUAUAAAGACACUAACUUUCGGUGGUGCACGCGGCUGUUUAAUUCCAGUCGCUGGUUCGAUAGUGGCUGAUGUUCUUCUAGUUAACAAAGAAAUUAAAAAACUCUGCCUUUGGUCCACUACAAUAAAUGACAAUGAUUUUAAAAUAAUAACUGAAGCACUGAAGAGAAAUAGAACUGUUGCUGUACUUUAUAUGAUGGAAAAUCCUCAUCUGACUGUCCAAAGUGCUGUUUACUUAAGUGAUCUAAUCAAAUCAACAACGACAUUGAACCAUGUUACAUUUGACAACAAUUUUGUUGACAACGAAAGCACUGUUCUAAUUGCGUCUGCGUUAAAAUCAAAUCAAUCGAUAAAGACUAUGAGAAUGACAGGAGGUAAAAUGUCGGAUGAAUGUGGAAACGCACUGGGACAAAUGUUAGAACAAAACAAAACUAUCGAGGAGUUAUGGCUGCAUAAUAAUCGAUUAACAGACAUUAGUGCUAAAGCAUUAGCCAAAGGAAUGCGAUCGAAUUCAACAUUAAAGGAGUUCUGGAUCGGUGGAAAUCAGUUUACAGAGACAAGUGAAGGUGGACGAAGCUUGAUGGAAGCAGCCAAAGCUAAAGGUGUGAAAAUCAAUUGGUGGUAA